AUGGACGCCCUCAAAGAGAACGAUGAAAUCGCCCAGUACCGCGCCGAGCUCAAUGACCUCCUCUGGGAGUUUGACGACUUUAUCGAGGCCGCCGAGUUUGAUGCCGACAAGUUCUCCGAGCUCCAGGCCUUGUCGCGGAAGGCCGCCCCGCGAAUCUACGACAUCGUCAUGAGAAUGAAGCUCGAGCCCGUUCCUAAGGACGAAUCCUCCAUGCAGACUCCCGUCUCCGAAAGGAACGAUGGACGGGCCACUAUUCCAACACCACCUCCUUCUGCUGUCGCGUGGGAGGCAAACCGUCUCCGGGACGCCGGUCACGUCAGCCCCAACCACACCUCUUCCCACGCCUCCUCCUCGAAGAUCCUUGCCGAUGCCCAUUACGGCAGAUCAUAUCGAAAUCCCGAUCCCGCCAAUGCCGCCAAACCUCAAUCCGUGGGACAUCAAGUCGAAGCCCCCAUGGGCCAGGUCGUGUAUGCGAUGAAGAAUGGGGUAACCCCUCCGGAACGCCGGCGCCCCAUCAUGAUCAACCCCGGAGAAAUCACGGUGCCCCCACCCACAGACGUUGGCUCAAGGCGCGAGAGCCAGAGAAGCUCUCAGACGCUGUCGCCGACCGAUUCCAAUGCAUCCUUCCAGCCGCCCAACGAAUCUCCCACCCUAGGCCUGGCCCAACCCGCCGUGCCCCUCCAGGGACGGGCAAGAAUACUCGGCUUCCCGCCUUCUACUCACCGCGUUGUAGAACAAUCCAUUCCGGAGCAUUCGACCGUGAACGGAAGUGGGCCGCAGCUAACAGGCCCUCACCACUCUUUAGAUAAGCCUUUCCACUUGCGCAUCUCUAAUAACAACCUAGCAAGGCAGCAGUCCACGGAUUCGUUCCAAAGCUCGGUAUAUGGCGCCACCUCCUCGUCCGGUGGGGAGAAACGCGCGUCUGGCCAGUCGGCCAAUGAUAGCUCCUCCGUCGGAAGUCCCGAGUUGGGACACGGUGGCGCGCGGGUGUCUUCAGCCAUGUACGGAGACUCGGCGCCGGAGCUAGCCCCGUCGGCCGCCCAAGGUGACGACGGUCUCAUCCCGGUGGAAAGCGAAAAAGCGGCCCCGCAAGAUACACUCCCCAAGCGCGAUACUUCCAUCACGCUUAACAGCUCCUUUUAUCAGCUAAAGGGCUUUUGCGAGGGUGCCAAAGACGUGCUCCGGGGCGAGCUGGGCGUCAAGAAGGUCAAGAAGCCAUCAUUUAGCGGAGGGCAUCCGAUGGCAAAGUGCACGCAUUGCUUCUACGAGCUCGAGUGGCGUGAGAUCGAGCUCGACAUCAAUCAUAGCAGCGAGGCAAAUUUCUCUAUUGGAGACGUAGGGUUCCGCAUUCGAUUCUUGCAAAAGUGCCACCUUCCGACAAAGAGGGCGGACGAGCCUCUAUACGCGUGCUUAUUUUGCAUUCAAGAAGGACGCACGCCUCACGAUGGCGACGCCACCGUGUUCUUCAGCCAAAAGGAUCUAUGCGAGCAUCUUGCUCGCCAUCCCCGCCCGCUCCCCAACGUCCCCGGCAUCAUGGUGGUAGAGGAGCCCAGCAUCCCUCCCGCUAUCCGUAGCAGCUACGACCUGCAUUUGAAGGGGGCCGUCCACUCCAAUAUUACCGCGGCCUUUGAAUUGGCGCCCGGAGCACCCAUCGUCGGCGUCACUUUUCCUGACAAGUAUCUCGGCGAGUGGUGCAUGGGCUACCACGAAGGCAAAUACGCGUCCUUCCCGGCUGAUGUGGCGAGACUGGAGCCACCGCCGCCUCAUGAGAUACGUAUGGGCGGCACAAGCAACGUGAGGGCGGUGGCGCGCUGGAAGUUUGUCAUGAAGGAAAAGGGCAAGGCGGAAUGGCUCAAGUUUGACAAGGGCGAUGCGGUGAGCAACAUUAGCUGGACCGAUUUCGACCACUGGUGCUGGUCGGGAACUAAUGCCAAGGGCAAAUGGGGCAUCUUUCCCAAAGCGUUUCUCGAUUUAAAGUCUCUGCGUGAGGGAGACGAUUUGUCGGACAGGUCGAGCAUCAUCAGCGGCGGAACGACAAAGACUCGAGGGCUAGGGAGGUUCUCUUCGAGGAGAUCGGAUAACCGUCCAGACACGCCGUCCAGCAAAAGCCUCUCGCCGACGGUGAUGAACUUUCACGUCUAA